UUCGCUUCCCAGUUAGUCAGACUACACUUCAAGCAGCGCGCUUCACGAGGAAGGGACCUGCUUUUUUUAACCCCAGCUCUCUGGUCUAAUGGACAAACUCUUUGUAAAUGCUUUUUAAGAAUCCUCACUCUAGGAAGGCGCACUCCAGCUGCUCAACAGGCCCAGGCCUUGAGUUGUAUCUUAAGGGGUUUAACUUCACCGGUGAGCCUCCUUGGCUUCUCUGCACCUGAUCAACAGCAGCGCCAAAUUCCAACUCUUUCAUAUCCAAUUUACGCGUGGCAAAUCGAAGAUACUUACCAGGAUGAACCCCACCGCGCUGGCCAAAUUUGAGUUUUCCUUCCUUGAAGAGGGUUUCUCUGCUCGGGACAUUGUCGAGCAGAAAAUCAAUGAGUCAUCCUUGACCGAUGAUCGGGAUGCGUUCUAUGUCUGUGACCUGGGAGAUGUUCUGAGAAAACACCUCCGCUGGGCAAGAGCCCUGCCUCGUGUCACUCCUUUCUACGCUGUGAAGUGCAACGACAGCCAGGCUGUAGUCAUGACUCUGGCAUCAUUGGGAACUGGCUUUGACUGUGCCAGCAAGACUGAGAUCCAGCUUGUUCAGUCUUUGGGAGUUGAUCCAAGCAGAAUCAUCUACGCCAACCCAUGCAAACAGGUUUCGCAGAUAAAGUAUGCGUCUGCGCAUGGAGUCCAAAUGAUGACCUUUGAUAGUGAGGUGGAGCUCAUGAAAGUGGCUCGUUGUCACGACAAUGCCAAGUUGGUGUUGCGUAUUGCCACAGAUGACUCGAAGGCUGUGUGUCGCCUCAGUGUGAAGUUUGGGGCUCCUCUUAAAGCUUGCCGCGGCCUCCUGGAGCGGGCCAAGGAACUGGGGCUAGACGUGGUCGGCGUCAGCUUCCAUGUUGGCAGCGGCUGCACUGACGCAGAGACCUACACUAAAGCUAUUGCAGACGCUCGCUGCGUCUUUGAUAUGGGGGAAGAGCUUGGCUUCAACAUGGAUCUCCUGGACAUCGGAGGAGGUUUUCCUGGUUCAGAUGAGACUGAGUUAAAGUUUGAAGAGAUCACAGUAGUAAUCAACACGGCCCUAGACAAGUACUUUCCUGUUGACGCUGGGGUUCGUGUCAUCGCUGAACCGGGCCGCUUCUACGUGGCAUCUGCCUACACACUAGUUGUGAACAUCAUUGCUAAGAAGGUCAUCAUGGAUGACGAGGCGUCUUCUGAUGAAGAAGACGAAGUGACCAGUGACAGAACUCUGAUGUACUAUGUCAACGACGGCGUGUAUGGAUCCUUCAACUGCAUCCUCUAUGAUCAUGCUCACUGUCUGCCAACAUUGCAUAAGAAGCCAAAACCAGAUGAGGCAGUGUACCCCUGCAGUAUAUGGGGCCCAACGUGUGAUGGUCUAGAUCGGAUAGUGGAGCUGUGCACCCUGCCUGACCUUCAAGUGGGGGACUGGCUGGUGUUUGAGAACAUGGGUGCCUACACGGUCGCUGCGUCCUCCACCUUCAAUGGCUUCCAAAGACCUGACAUUUACUACGUCAUGUCCCGUCCCGCCUGGCAAUAUGUGCAGAAAAUCUGCUCGCAGGGCCUUCCAACCCCUGCAGAGUCCUCCCUGUUCGACGUUCCAGCAUGCUGCGGCCGAGAGAGCAGCUUGGACAUGCCCACCAAGCCUUGCCACGCCAAUGUGGUCUAAAACGUACAAAAGAAGCCAUGUUCCUUAGAGUUAGCAUCUUUAUUAAUAAGUGGAUGGAGUUCUCUUAUACUCUUGACAAUUUGACAAGGCCAGUUACUUGACAGGAGCAUGAGGGGGAAAUGGUGUUGCACACUUUUCAGUGUUCUGUACAGAAGCUGGGAAUCAACCUUUGAAUGAGGCUGAAUCGCACUCGGACCGUCUCUGUGGGUACUAGUCACAGUUUAAGAAGCAGUUCUGUGUUAAAAUUAUUUGCUGCUUAUUAAUAGCAUUAGUAAGUGGUACUUUGUUAUGAGCCUGUUUUUCAGAACUGGGAAGAACCUGGAAAUUAAGUUCCAAGAUGACUCUUGAGAACAACUUUGGAGUUUACAUGUCAAUAGGACUCGGCCAUGAGAGUAUUUAGAGAUGGGGGCGGUAGUUAGUUUGGCAACAAAAGAAAAAGCAGACGGCAUUAUCUAUGCUGAUUGAUCUCAUAGGGUCAGUGUAUUGCCCUAGCACCUGAUAUCAUCUCUGAUACCCACAAAGCAUUGGUCAGAGGGGGAUUUCAGAUUCUCAAAUGGCUGCUAUAAUUAUCUUUUCAUGAUCACCACUUCUGAGCAGAACCUUGGUAGUGUUAAUCUUCAAGAUCUUAUCGAGCCUCCUGUGUUUUUAUUUUAUUGUCAUUUGUGGAACAAAUAACUUUGAUCUAACUAUUUCAGAUUUUCAGAAAAUAUUUAACAUAACUUUUUUUCUACAUAAUUAAAAUAUACAGCAAUGGUUUCUGGAGAAAUCUUAAAGAUUAACACUAAAAACACAGGGACUCAAAAAGGCAAACCAAACCCCUCCUCUCCUUUUUUUUUUUUCUUUUUGUUUUUUUUAUAUAUUUUUUUCCCCUUUUAUUUUGUGUUAACUUGUAGAAUUGUAUAUCUAUUCUGUUCAUAAUAUUAACAAGACUUGGACAAAGUUUGCCUGCAUGUAAACUGGAUAUGAAAGAGACGGGAUUGCACAUUGAUAUCGCUUUCCUACGGAAACUUUUUGAAGUUUUGUAUUUUUUUAUUAAAUAAAAUAUUAGGUGCAGAACCAU